AUGGCCGAACAGUCAAGGAAUUCUUGGAUUAGCAAAGAUGACCCAAAGUUGAUAUCACAACGGCAGAAGGACAUGUACGAGGACAUUUUGGAAGAACGCAGGUCGGUCAGUGAUCUGCGGUAUGUUUUAAAAACACGGGAUGUGCCAGUAUUUAAGUUCAACAAGUCACGGACUCCAGCUCAAAUCAAAGAGCAUGUGAUUAACAGUGACCGGGUGCGGUUUGCCAUUGAUCAGGUGUGCGCUGAGACAAAGCUUCCAAGGGAGGAGGUUAUGGCAGAAGCCACAUCAAUAUUGAAUGAGAUGGCUCACACUCAACAUAUGUAUGCCAUACGAGGUUUUGCUUAUUUUCUGGUGAAAAUUUUCAAAGCCUUAUAUAAGAGAGUGUACGUCAACGUUGAUGGAAUUCAAAAGGUUCGGGGUAUGAUCAAAGAAUACCCAGUUCUCCUGAUGCCAUCUCAUCGCAGCUACAUGGACUUCCUGUUAAUGUCAUAUGUGUUUUACCAUUACGACCUCCCUCUACCUGUGAUUGCCGCUGCCAUGGAUUUUAUGGGGAUGCAGUUUAUAGGUUGGCUGUUGCGCUCCUCUGGCGCUUUCUACAUUCGACGAAGCUUUGGUGAUGACCACUUGUACUGGGCAGUGUUCACAGAAUAUGUUCAGACUCAGAUCUGCAAUGGGGAUUCUCCAGUAGAGUUCUAUGUGGAAGGCACACGGAGCAGAACGUCCAAGUCCUACACACCUAAAUUUGGGAUGCUGUCUGCAGCGCUGGAACCUUACUUCAAGUCUCAUGUGCCAGAUAUCAUGGUGGUGCCUGUUAGUAUCAGCUACGACCGCAUUUUAGAGGAAAGCCUUUAUGCCUAUGAACUGUUGGGUGUGCCGAAACCCAGAGAGACCACUUCGGGGCUGCUCAAGGCCAGGAAGAUCCUUCAGGAGAACUUUGGCAAUGUCCACAUGCACUUUGGGGAGCCCAUUUCUAUCCGCAAAUACUCGGACGGGCUUGUGGAUCGCAGUCUCCACAACCUGGCUCCCAGGUACAUCGCCAGUUUGACCAGUCAGGAGCAAGAUCUGAUCAAACAUCUGGGCCACUACAUGGUCUUGACACAACAGAAGCACAUGGUGGUCUCCCCUUGGUCCAUGAUGGCCGCAGUGCUUAUGCAGACACAAGGAGGAGUGUCAGUUCGCCAGCUGGCCAAGGAAGUCGACUGGGUCAAAAGACAAGCCUCCAACAUGGGGGCAUACAUUGACUGGCCAGUCACAGAGUCAGCAGAGGCGGUGUUGAGAGAAAAUGUGAAGUUACACGAGAACAUUGUCCGUAUCACUGAAGAUGAUGUUGUAGAACUGGUGAGAGUUGCACCACCAGCCCACGCCAAAGCCACGGAUACACUGAUGAUCACAGCUGGACAGCAUCUGAUGUUGUCACUGUAUCGAAACCAUAUUCUUCAUGUGUUUGUGAGGCCCGCCAUCAUUGCCAUAUCUGUAAAUACAUGUAAUGAGAACAAGUUAUCAACUGAUGACCUCUACACAAAGUACUGUUUCCUGGAGCAGCUCUUGAGCAAGGACUUUGUGUUUAUUCCAGGAAAAACCAAAUCUGAUUUUGAAGUCGCCCUGCUGACGUUGACACACACCUGUGGUGUUGUCAUGGAGGACAAUCAGGUGAUCAUUGGUCAGUCCACCAACAAACACACUACCUUCUACAGCCAGAUGUUCGAACCGUUUCUCUUAGGAUACUGGAUUCUGUGUCAGUACCUGCUGUCUAACCACCCGAACGUGGCCGGCAAACCUCUGGCCAAGACUCAGAAGACACUGGUCAAGGAGGCCCAGAUGUUGACGGCCAGGCUGCUCCAGGAGGGUGUGGUCAGACACUAUGAGAUGCUGUCUCUAGACAUCAUGAACAAUGGGCUACAUUCUCUGUACCUUAUGGGAGCAGUCAGCAAGGAAAGGAGGGAUGGAGUUGUCUAUAUGUACCCCAACACCAGACAGUUGUCUACCAUCACAGACAAACUAG